UCACCCGUAGGUUAUAAGACCUGGGUACUCGAGUGCAUCACCGAACAAAAGAUAUAUGAUAAAUUUUAUGAUGCACUAAGGGCCAUAAAUGAUCCUACGGAGCUUAGAGACGUUACAAAUAAAUUAUUGGAAAAAGAGAAUAAUAGUGGUGUGAUUUUUGUUCGAGUUUUUGAGUUUUGUUAUUCUGAAAAAAAUUCUCUUUCAAGUUCAUUAAUCGAGGCUACGGAAACCACGUCGGCCGGUAAAAAGAAAGGCAGAGAAGAUCAAGUUUCUGGCCACUCCAUGAGCAAGUGA